CAUUUUGAAUUCUCAAGAUGUGAUCAGAAUCCAAAACAAACCAAAAGCAAUGCCACCCAUUUAAAGAGAGAGAAAGCUGAAGAAAAACACAGUACCACACGAUAAUAAAAGGAAGCGACCAGAGAGAGAGAGAGAGAGAGAGAGACCAGAGAAAGAGAGCUGAAAGAGAUCAUGUAUCGGUUUAGCAACACGGUGAUCGGCUUCUUGAACCUUUUUACGCUCUUAGCGUCGAUACCCAUAAUUGGGGCGGGACUAUGGAUGGCGAGGAAUAGCAAAACCUGUGAAAGUUUCCUCCAGACCCCACUUCUUGUCAUAGGUUUCGUUGUCCUCGUUAUUUCGCUAGCCGGAUUCAUUGGGGCAUGCUUUCAUGUGGCAUGGGCACUUUGGGUUUACUUGGUGGUCAUGUUGUUCAUUAUUGCAGCCCUAAUGGCUUUCACUGUAUUCGGGUUCGUGGUGACGAGCCAAGGUGGUGGUACUGCAGUGCCAGGUAGGGUUUAUAAGGAGUAUCGUCUAGAAGACUACUCGCCGUGGCUGAGGAAUAGGAUUAAAGAUCCUCAGUAUUGGAUGACCAUUAGGAGUUGCAUAUUGGGUUCCAAGGCUUGUGAAAAGAUUGCCUCUUGGACACCUCUUGAUUAUCUGGAGAGGGACAUGUCUCCCAUACAGUCUGGUUGUUGUAAGCCACCAACAACAUGCAAUUACAACAUGGCAACUACGAUUGCCCAAGACUCUGACUGCUACCGGUGGAACAAUGCGCCCAACUUGCUGUGCUACGAGUGCGAUUCGUGCAAGGCCGGGGUGCUCGAGGACGUGAGAAGGGAUUGGCACAAGCUCUCUGUUCUUAACAUUGUCAUGCUUGUGUUUCUCAUUGGAAUAUAUUCAGUCGGGUGCUGUGCUUUCCAAAACACAAAACGAGCCGAGUCUGAUUACCCCUACGGUCAAAACCGGAUGACCAAAGUCCGACCCAGAUGGGACUAUUACUGGUGGAGAUGGUUUCACGACAAAAGAGAACAGCUUUAUUAGCUGAAGAAGUUGAUCUUGUGUUGAUCUCUCAGUAUCUCCCACGUUUGUGUUCUUGGGUGCUCUAGCAAUUAAGACGGGACAGUUCAGUUUAUUUUACACUGCACGGGCAUUAGAGCUCUCAAGGUCCUCUUUUUACAGACUUCUUUUGCUGCUUUUGAACCCAGAUGGGAUUUGCCUUUAUUUCAAAGAUCAUACCGGUUGCUUUUUUUUUUUUUUUUUACUUUCACUUUGCCUUUUGACAUUGGUGGAGGUUUUGCUGAGGAUAAAAAGAAAAGAAAAAGAAAGAUGUGGAGGCCGUUUUAACA